CGAGAUGUUUCCAUUUCCACAUGGAAACGUGGUUAGAGUCUACUAACAAAGCUGCGUAACCGUUGCUACCUGUAGCGAUAGCGAGUACUUAUUUAACGUGACGAUUAUUGCAGCCUUUUUUCACAAAAUAAAUUGUGAUACCGCAUAAAUUUUAACGAACAAUGACAAAAACCGAGGACCAAUUUGAUGGAAUGUUGCUGGCAUUGGCACAGCAACAUGAAGGUGGUGUGCAGGACUUGCUGGAUACUUUCUUCAGUUUUCUUGCGAGGAAAACAGACUUUUAUACCGGUGGUGGCGAAGGAGCAGCUGAAAAGCUUGUAAUGAGCAAAUUCAAAAAAUAUGAAGCCGGUGCUCUCGCCAAAGCUGCUUCUGAAAAAGCAGAACGAGCAGAGCAAGAGAGAAGGCGUAAGGAGAGACUGGAGAAGAAGAGGAAAGAAGAACAAACGGAAGAAGAGAAAAUAGACAAUGAUUCUAAAAUAGUUGAAUUAACCGAUGAACAGGCUGUUAAAUUACAAGAAGAAAUAGACAACAAGAAAUUAGCAAAUGCUGCUGUGGCAGGAUCUAGCAACGAUUCUAGUGAUAACGCUUCAAAUGACAAAAAUACAGAUUCGAAUAAUAGCAACGUAUCUGAUGAAGAAGAAGAUGAAAAGGAGAAAAAUAAACUAAAGCCUAACAGUGGUAAUGGUGCAGAUAUGCCGAAUUACAGAUGGACACAAACUCUUGGAGAAGUGGAGAUUAGAGUACCAUUAAAGAUAAACUUUUCGGCCAGACCGAAAGACGUGGUUGUGUCGAUCACAAAGAAACAUUUAAGCUGUGGACUGAAAGGCCAUCCACCAAUUCUUGCUGGGGAUUUUCCGCACGAGGUCAAACUAGAGGAAUCUACUUGGGUAAUUGAAGACGGAAAAAUAUUGCUAAUUAAUUUAGAAAAGGUAAACAAAAUGCAGUGGUGGGCACAUGUUAUAAUGAGUGAGCCAGAAAUUAGCACGAAGAAAGUAAACCCUGAACCUAGUAAACUCUCCGACCUCGAUGGAGAGACAAGAGGCCUCGUGGAGAAAAUGAUGUACGAUCAGAGGCAGAAAGAACUAGGACUUCCAACAUCCGAUGAACAGAAGAAACAGGAUGUCAUCAAAAAGUUUAUGGAGCAACAUCCUGAAAUGGACUUCUCGAAGUGUAAAUUCAAUUAAAAUAAUUUAAUAACGCGCGCACUUAAUAAUAUUCCGGUACUAUACAUUGAAAUAUUUUUGAGAUAUAUCUCGCUUUUUAUUAUCAUAUUACAACAUGCGAUCUUCUAUACUCGACGUUUCCAUAUCGUUGAAGAAGAAAGUUAAUGCGAUUACAAAGAUGGCAGCACAAUGUUAGACUAUGAUGCCAUAUACAGAGUUCUACUAAUGCGAUCGAAAUAUUUUUCGAUUAUUCUUUUCAUUUUUUCUUAACUACUUUUUUACAUUUUCUUUACUUUUAAAAAAAAAAUCCAUUGCACAAUUGUCUAAUUUCUGUAUUUGCGCUUCUCUUAUCUAUCGAGUUCUUUGGAAAGAAGAUAGAUUAGAAUUGUAUGAAAGAGAUACAACUUUAAGAAUAAAAAUCAUAUAACUGUUAUGUUUUUUCUUUCGCAAUGUAUUACUUUUAACUUUAAUCGUA